GCUCGCACGGAGAACAGACUCGGCGCAGACAGCGAAAGGACACGCUCGGCUCAACACCCGCUGCCUGCCCGGACUCAAACAUGACUCGGCGGCCAAGAAACAGUGUUUACAGCAGCGAGGAAGAUGAGGAGGAGACAGACAUGUACGAACACGACUAUGAUGGAUCGAUGGCCAAGACGGGAAAACGCCACCUCGGCAAAACCCGCUGGACACGAGAAGAGGACGAGAAGUUGAAGAAACUUGUUGAGCUUCAUGGAUCGGACGACUGGAAACUCAUUGCGAGCCUAUUAAGUAAUCGUACAGAUGUGCAGUGCCAACACAGGUGGCAGAAGGUUCUCAACCCGGAGCUCAUUAAAGGCCCGUGGACCAAAGAGGAGGACCAACGGGUGAUCGAGCUGGUCCAGAAGUACGGAGCCAAGCGCUGGUCCGUGAUCGCCAAGCACCUGAAGGGCCGAAUCGGCAAGCAGUGCCGCGAGCGCUGGCACAACCACCUGAACCCGGAGGUCAAGAAGACCUCGUGGACCGAGGAGGAGGACCGAAUCAUCUACCAGGCGCACGAGAAGCUGGGGAACCGCUGGGCCGAAAUCGCGAAGCUGCUUCCCGGCAGGACCGACAACGCCAUCAAGAACCACUGGAACUCCACCAUGAGGCGAAAGGUGGAGCAGGAGGGCUACCUGCAGAGCGCGCCCAAGACCAGCGGCUCCUCGCUGUCCAUCGGCCACGGCUACGUCAAGUCCUCCGGCCACGUCCUGAGCUUCCCCCACCACUCGCCCAGUCAGCUGUCUCCCGUGUCGCCACUAAACUACACCUACAUGUCUGACACACACAGAGUGCCCUUCCCAAUGGCGUUACAUCUAAACAUCCUGAACAUCCCCCAGCAUGGAACCGCUGCCAUACAAAGACACUAUAGUGAGGAGGACCCUGAGAAGGAGCAGAGGGUGAAAGAGAUCGAACUGCUGCUCAUGUCGACAGAAAACGAGCUGAAAGGACAACCAGCACUACCAAUGAAUUUGCAUUUUCCAAGCUGGCCUAGUCAGAGCUCUGCGAUCGACAGCUCAGACGGCGCGGCGAUGUCUUUACCUCAUCACCAGGCAGCCGCCCCGGCCCUGCCUCUCGACCAGAGCUGCCUACCGGAGGAGAGCGCCUCGGCGACACGUGCCCACCGCAACAACUCGAGCAGCGGCAGCGGCAGCAGCCAUCACAGCAGUCCAACGUUCUCAAAUCCUAUUCCAGAGUUUAUGGAAUCCGUCAUUGAUUUGUUUCUCAACCAGUCGAUGAGCUCAGAACACUCCGACGACAGUUUACAGAUGAGCAUGCCCGUAGACUCCAAGCCUCUCAUCGACCACUCUGUCAGGCCUCAGAAGGAGAACGAAAUAUUCCGAACUCCAAACAUCCGUCGAUCAAUCCUCGAGACGAGUCCUCGUACACCCACACCUUUCAGAUCAACUCUGCCCUUUCAGGAGACCAAGUAUGGACCUCUCAAACUCAUGAAUACACCUUUGGAGCAGCAGAUGGUUGUGUCCAUCAAGCAGGAGCCGAUGGAGUGUGCUAUUGAUCAGCCGCCUAUGAAGAAGAUAAAACAGGAGGUGGAGUCCCCGUGUGAGAGGAGUCCCUGCAUGCAGUGGGAAGGACAGGAGCUCAACACUCAACUCUUCUCCCCUAGCUCCUCUGCACAGGAAGUACCCGAUCUGCUUACGAGCUCUUUGCUGAGUGACGAUGGACACAAAACCUACCACGUUCCUCACAGAGACAUGAAUAGCCCACUACAGCAGCACCAGCUCAGCUCCUGGGAGCAGACGACCUGCGGGAAGACCGAGGAGCACACGAUGGCCUCCGAGCAGAGCCACAAGUACGUCAACACUUACCCUACGAGGACACUGGUGAUGUAGACAGAGACACAUCUGGACACAUCGAGGCACGCUGCGCUGGACAUGGCGUCGCAGAUUUCAUAUUUUGUUGUGGUACAACAGUUGGGAGAGGCUUUUAUGCCAAGCGGUGUUUUUUACACUCAAACUUGUUGGAUUUCAACCAGCGAAAACUACAUCUAAAAGAAAAUUUCAUUUGGGUUUUUCUUUCUCUUUUGGUCUGAACUGUUUUUUUUUUAUCGUAAUUGUUGUAUUAUAUAUGGGGAAAGGGUGACUAUGUUUUCAUUGGGCUGUAUUAUUAGUUAUAAAUUUUGAUAUUAAUAUAAAGAACAAGUUAAUUUAUUGGUUUGAUUUUUUUUGUUUGUUUAUUUUUAAUCAUAACUCUUGUUGUUUUACAAUUGACCAAUUGAGCAGUGUUGUAAUUUUUAAGUAUUUAAGCCCUGUUAGCAUUAUCAUGUAUCCAAAAGCAUAGUAAUGAUUUCAAAACUGACCUCUGAGUUUAACACAUGAACUGUUUCACUUGUUUUAUUUUUUCUCUUGGUUUUCAAAGCCUGUUUGGGUCUACUGGAAAUUUCAACUGUUUGGCCUCAUGGAAAUACUCAGUAACAAGGAUCGAGGUGUCCGUUCUUAAGUCAUUAUUAAUGGUAAAAUCAGGCCAGCCGCACUAGUAUUACCUUUAUUUCAUCAAAAUUGAGUUUUCAUUUCAAAUUGCAAGUUUUUCAUGGCCUUCACAUUAUCCUGCACUGGGCGAUAUUAAUGAACAAAUGGUUACAUAUAAAAAUAUAUAUAAAUAAGACAGCAGAGAAGAGGGGGAAAACGAUUACACUAUAUACAUUUCAAAAUCUGAAAUGAGCUUCAUGAUUUGAAACCAAGAGCUUCACCCAGUAAGAGUAAAACCAAGCUGCACUUGAAUUUUUAUAUUUGUUUUUUAAAAAGUGAGGAAAGUAAACACUGAUGUUUUUAUAUUAUACUACAGACAAAUCCCAGUAUAACCUUUUGUAUCAUUUUUGUAAAUGCCUUUUUAUAAUUUUGUUUUGUACUUCGUCAGCAUUUUUUUUUACAAACUUCUGUAACACAUUGAACACAGCAGACAAUCUUUUAUAUAUGUUUUGAUACUAGCUUUGGAGCCUUUUUAACUUUUUUUUUUUCAAUACAAGCAUUUUAUAGAUGAGAAAUUUUCAUGUUUUUAUACUUUUCUAUACUGCCAUGCAAAUAAAGUGUGCUGUUUUUAUUACAA